UGAAGCAACUUCCAGCGAAUCAUUUGUUGCGGGUUCACUUUUGUUCGGGUUGCAGACAGACCCUGCGAAGCUGUUCUUGGGUCGUUGGAUUACAGUUAAGAGGACAGGGAAGUGCCAUUUUCUGCUUUUAAAACACAGAACGCGCACUAGCCAAGGUGGUCUUCUCUUCCUAUGAAACGACCACGGUGGCAGGUUUCUCUAAGAGCGUCAGUGUCAAACACAGAAGCUGUGGACGAUAAAUAGGAUGUCCUUGGACAACGUGAAUCCUCUACCUGACUUCUAAACUUGUUGCAUUUGCUCUAGAACUCAUCCGGGUGCGCGUUUCGGAUACUACUUUGUGCGUAACUGCGGAACCGCUAUUCAAAGUGGACUAUAGCUGAUGAGCUGUGUGUAAAAAAACCUGCACUUUUACAUAAAUAUCCAUUUAUGAGGAGAUGUCCUUUCUGCGCGUGGCGGAUUUGUGAGAGCAAAACCUGCUUCAGUCGCACCGGGUCGCGCACAUUGGGUCAGCAUGGCAGCCGGAGUCGCCGCUUGGCUACCGUUCGCGCGCGCCGCGGCCAUAGGAUGGAUGCCCGUGGCGAGUGCCCCGAUGCCGCCGCCUCCACGGGAAAAGAGGCGAGGUCAGGACGGUCUGAUCAUCUUGAACGUCAGCGGCACAAGGUUUCAAACUUGGCGGAAUACUUUGGAGAGGUACCCCGACACCUUACUGGGAAGCACAGAGCGCGACUUCUUCUUCCACGAGGAGACCAACGAGUACUUUUUCGACCGCGACCCGGACAUUUUCAGGCACAUCCUCAACUUCUACCGAACCGGGAAGCUGCACUACCCUCGCCACGAGUGCAUCUCCGCCUACGACGAGGAGCUGGCCUUCUUCGGCAUCAUUCCUGAGAUAAUAGGGGACUGCUGUUAUGAGGAGUACAAAGAUCGCAGGAGGGAGAACGCGGAGAGAAUUCAAGACGAUGAGGAGAACGAAAACAACAACGAUUUGGUGCUGCCGGAAAUGUCGUUCCGCGAGACCAUGUGGCGCGCGUUUGAGAACCCGCACACGAGCACCAUGGCGCUGGUGUUUUAUUACGUCACGGGCUUUUUCAUCGCCGUCUCCGUUAUGGCCAACGUGGUGGAGACUGUCCCGUGCAUCAGCGGGCCAAACCGGGCGAAGGAGGUCUCGUGCGGGGAGCGCUACGCCCUCGCGUUCUUCUGCUUGGAUACGGCCUGCGUCAUGAUCUUCACCGUCGAGUACCUGCUGCGUCUUAUCGCUGCGCCCAGCAGGUACAAGUUCGUCAAAAGUGUCAUGAGCGUAAUUGACGUGGUGGCCAUCAUGCCUUACUACAUCGGCUUGGUCAUGACUGACAACGAGGACGUGAGCGGGGCCUUCGUCACCCUCAGG